CACAGCUCCGGCUGCGCUGAAGCCAGUGCAGCAGGGAGGCUCGGGCCUUUUCAGCUGUGCACACCCACAGGGCGUGUGUUGCCUACAGAAACCCAUCUGCCUCCAGGUGUACGUCUUCUAUAGCUGGAAGGGUCAGGUGUCUUGACCCAGAAGAUGCAGCCAUGGCGGUGUUCUUUUCUUCAUAUUUCGUUCUCACUACUCCUGGUCACUUCUCUGAUCGGAAAGCACAAUGUGUCGCAUACGUGGAGAGGCGUGGUUCUAUGAAACGCUGCGGAAGUAACUGGACGGUAUCGGAAGAGGGCGUUAUGGACAUUGGAAACCUCCAAGGUAAAUACAAGAAUGAGAGCGAACCCGAGAAGCGAGCCGGAAUACUUCGAGACAUCGCCACAUGCUGCCUGUGUGGAAACCACUUUGGGAAAUGGGAAGCAGCGGUGUAUCAAUGGGAGAAUGAGAUCCAGUCACAAGCCAGAAAUUCAGAACUCGGUAGAUUCGUGACCUCUCAGCCGCAGCGAGGCCGGCAACGCUCGAUAGACUUUAGGAGAUACGGCCGCCAGGAAAUAGAAGAAGCCUCGGACCUUAUGAGUUUGCUGGAGCGUGAGGUUGAACAUACGGAGGAUGUACUUGAGCACAUGAAGGCCGUUGACCGAAAAGCCAUCAACUACCUAAUUAGCCGUCUUGAACGAAGCCAGAAGGCAAAGGGGAACAAGAGAGUACCAAGUUCUUUCUUAUACGUUUUUAGCCACCAUGCUGCAGAAGACUUUUACAAAGUUGGCACUGGCAAUGGGAAGCUACGGAUUCGACAACAGGAGCUUUGCUACCCGGGGCUGGUUGUACAGUGCUUGAUAUUUUGCCCAAAUGCUCAAUUAUUCGAGAAUAUGGUGCAUGCCGAGUUCAGUGCCGAUAGGUACUACCAUAUAUGUGACGGCCACGGGACUCCCCAAAAGCAUACAGAAUGGUUCAAAGCUUCAUUAGCAGACAUAUUGAACAGUGUCACUGCCUGGUCGGCUUUUUCCCAAGUGUUUCACGGUGAGAAUAUUCGGAUUGAUCGACGAGAGCCAAUAUUUUGUUUGCCGGGAGGCUCGCACGACCGGGCCAGGUGGACCAAGUGGGCACGAUGGCAAGCUGAAAAAUGGGUGUGGCAAUCUCAAGUGGCAGCGGAUGGUCGAUAUAGACAGGAUUCUGAUUAUCAAGAUUCUGUUAAUAUCCAAACUCCCAUACGUCAGCGGCAUUCUGGGAUUGGAAGUGAUACCGACUAUCCCUCAAGUCCUCCCGAACUCACGCCUAGUUCGGGGCCUGGGUCCCCCGACAGCGGCUGCGAUGGUCCACCAACACCCACCCCGAGCACUCGAACGAAAAGAGGAAGGUAUUCUUCGCUGGACCAUGUUGCCAUUGCCGACGCGUCGCAUGAUUCUAUGGCGUCCUUUACCACUGCCACGAGUGUUACCCAUGACGGCUGGGAACCAACACUCGAGGAACGCACUCCAACUGAGCCGGGAGACGAUUUCUGGUACCCAGAGUCUAGUAAGGAUCAUACUAGGUCUAAAGCCGGGCCGAAUGAUGUCAAGUAUGUGAACUUUGCUGGUGUCACUGUACCCAUUCCCCAUUCGCAAGAGGACGUUUCGAGUGAGGACCCUCUUGACGUGGCAGAAAGGAUGAUGAAGUUGAUAUUCAUUUGAUACAACACCGGGGUUGCAGCAUUAUUAGCGCAUUUAGUAUCAAACAUUUCUCUGUCUUUAUAUCA